GUUGCUUCUUCGAUGAACAAUGCAAACGAAUUUGCGAGACAACAUACUGCGAUAUUCAACAAAAUCCUCAUCGUUGUGUCUGUGAUCAUGGACGUCAUCUACUUUUCGAAAAAUGCUGUGAGGAAUUCUUUCUUAAAUUUUGUACCAAUUAAUCCCUUCUGAAUUUUUUUUUUAGAAUUUGUGAUGAAAUGGGAUUAAGUAAAUGCUUGCUACGAACUGAUUCCAGAUCGGCAUACUUGUAUUUAAAACGAGAAGGCCGUUUUAUUAGGAACAAAUUUUGCUAAUCAGGCCCAUAUAUUGUAUAUGUCACCUUCACUUUUGUUU